AUUUCAGCUAUGGAAGAUAAGUCAAUUUAUGUCUUACCUAACAAUCAAAGAUUUGUCGAACUUGACAGUUCACAGGCAUUUGAAAACUUGACUAAACAGGAGAAACUAUAUGCUCAUUACUUAAGUAAGGCAGCGUGGAAUGGUGGACUAAUUGUACUUUUGCAAACAAGCCCUGAAUCACCAAAAAUAUUUUCUUUAUUACAUAGAAUUUUUCUAGCUGAGCCCCUGGAUGAUCUAAAGAAGUCAGCAAUUGAAGCUGGAGUAUCAGAAGAAGAUUAUCGGGCAUUUCUAAUUUAUGCUGGUGGUCUUUUUGCAAACAGCGGAAACUAUAAAGGAUUCGGAGACACUAAAUUUAUUCCAAAUCUACCUAAAGAGUCAUUUGAAUCAAUCGUAAAAGCCUCUAAAGCUUAUGAAAAUGAUAGCACACAUAUUUCGAAAUUAUGGGAAAACACAAAAGAUGCUAUGUAUAACAUUGCUCCGAGAUUAACUAGUCUUGGCUUAUCAGAUAAAGGUGUAACAACAUAUUUCUCAAGCAACUGUACUGAAGCAGAUUCCAAUUUGGUUAACGAUUGGAUGAAAACAAAGCGCCUUGAAGCUUAUAUCUGUCGAACAUUUAAAACUGUCGCUGAUGAUGGAUUACCCUUAUACACAAUCCACUUGGCCAGUGUCGAGAAGAGUGCUAAACCUCCACUAACAAUGGAAAUAGAAAAGUACAAAAAUGCAUAUUUCCAAGUGACACGAGGUGAUUAUUCUCCUCUACUCAGCCUCGUAAAUGAGAACUUAAGCAAGGCUAUUGAGUACGCUGCCAACGACAAUGAGAAAAAUAUGCUUAAACAUUACAUAAACAGCUUUAGAGAGGGUGAUUUAGAUGAACACAAAGAAGGCAGUCGCUACUGGAUUAAGGACAAGGGACCGAUAAUUGAGACGUACCAGGGCUUCAUCGAGACGUACCGCGACCCGAGCGGGCAGCGCGGCGAGUUCGAGGGCUUCGUGGCGAUGGUGAACAAGGAGAUGUCGCAGAAGUUCGGCGCGCUGGUGGCCGGCGCCGAGCGCCUGCUGGCGCGCCUGCCGUGGGGCGCCGCGCUGGAGAAGGACGCCUUCCUGCGGCCCGACUUCACCUCGCUCGACGUGCUGGCCUUCUCGGGCAGCGGCAUCCCCGCCGGCAUCAACAUCCCCAACUAUGACGAAAUCCGUCAAAACGAGGGUUUUAAAAACGUAUCCCUCGGCAACGUGAUCCCUGCCGCGUACAAGGAGUCUGUCAUCCCCUUCUUGUCUGAAAAUGACAAGCAGCUCUUGGAGAAAUACAGAGUUGCUGCUUUUGAGGUACAAGUAGGUCUUCACGAGCUCCUCGGUCAUGGUAGUGGAAAGUUGUUGAGACAGAAUGCUGACGGGACCUUCAACUUUGACAAAGAAAAAGUCAAGAAUCCGCUUACAGGAAAGGAGAUAGAGUCGUGGUAUACCGAGGGGGAGACGUAUGAUAGUAAGUUUACGACGCUAGGCUCCGCCUUCGAGGAGUGUCGCGCCGAGGCCGUCGGCCUCUACCUCUCGCUCGAACCAGAGAUACUCAAAAUCUUCGGUUAUGAGGGUCAAGAAGCUGAAGACGUGACAUACGUGAAUUGGCUGAGUCUACUAUGGAACGGCGCUGCUAAAGCGACGGAAAUGUAUCAGCCAUCUACUAAAACAUGGUUACAGGCUCAUGCGAGAGCUCGUUUUGUAUUGAUGCGAUUACUAGAAACAGAAGGUAAUGGAUUGCUCACUAUUACUGAAGAGGAAGUAGGAAAGAAUCUGUUACUGAAAUUGGAAAGAAGUCGUCUGGCUACAGAUGGAAAAAAAAUUAUUGGUGACUUCCUCGUCAAACUGCAAACCAUAAAAGCGACAGGUGACUCGGCUGCGGGCGAGACUCUCUUCGAUAAGUACAGCCGGCUCGACGAGCCUUGGAAUCGCUGGAGGGACAUCGUCAUGUUACACAAACAACCCAGAAACAUUUUUGUACAGCCAAAUACCGUGCUCGAAGGCGACGGCGUGCGGCUGCGGCGCUACGCGGCGAGCGCGGAGGGGCAGCUGGCGUCGUGGGUGGAGCGCUUCCCGAGCACGCGCGUGCACGACGCGCUGGAGCGCCUGGCCGACGAGCAGCGCGCGCACUUCGCCGACCUGCUGCUGCAGUGAGCCGCGGGGCGCUAGUGGCGCCGGUCUUGUGCGCUAAUAAAACUUAUACUCGA